CCGUACCCGCUCGUCCGCCUCUUUUUCAAUUCACUUCCUACGUCGAGUUGAUCACGUUGAAAUUGGCUGUUCGAAUCCGCUCCUAACAAGCACCAACUUCCUACGCAAUUUCAAAGUGCAUCCGCAUUUUAAGGGACAACCCGAAAAUCAAAUCCGCCAUGUUGAACUAGGGAACUUGGGGCUUUUGCCGUCUUUUCGUGAAAGUCGUCCCGAAUUUCGCAGCGGCGCCGUUAUAAGGAGCCGAGAAGAAGCACCUCGACAACUGUUCUUCCGGCCACACGAUCCGGAAUUGCUGGUGGAGAGAGAUCCGCAGGAAACGGAAAGUGCCGUGCGAAAGGCACCACGUUUUUUUUUUUUUUGUGUGUGUGUGUGUGUGUGUGUGUCUGUGUCUGUGUGCGUGUGUGUCUGUGUGGACGUUGACGGUCCCACACCAGUGCGUGUACGCGGGUUUGCUAAGACAUUUGGCAGUAGGACCAUCUUCUCGCUAGCCAACAAGAUCGUUCGUGUUUUUAUUUUUGGGGCGGCCCAUUUCUCGGCUCAGAAAACAGAAAAAAGAAAAAAGAAACAAAACAUAAAACACAAUUCGAAUUUACGGCGAUGGAUUUCAGCAGCGGCGGAUCGGCUUCGACGGGAGGCAGUAAAAACUACAACGUGACAGCGAGCCUCCAUCAUCACCAUCAGCAGCAAGUUCAUCACGGCAGCGGCCACACUCACCCGUCGCAUCACGCGGUCUCUCAACAUGCGUUGCAUCAUCACAGCGGCGGCCACAUCAGCCCGCCGCACUCGCACCAUCAGCUGGGACACCAACUGGUCGGCCAAGGUUCGACGGCGUCGACGGCCACCGUCGUCAAGUCGGAAGAGAGCGCGACCAACAACAACGACAACAACAACAUGGCGACGUCGUCGACGACCAUUGCCUCGCAACAGCAGCAAACGGCCGCCCAGCAACUGGCGCUGGCCGGUUUCGGUGUCAGCGCAGCCGGAGUCAACCUUUCCGUCAAUAUCGGCGUUAACAUCACCGGCGUCACUCCCGAAUCCGCCGCCGCUCCUUGGGCCACUGCCGCCGCCUACACCUCCAGAUUCCCGACGUUCGCCAGUCCGACCACGUUGGAACAAUUGAAGCAAAGCAUUGAGCAACAGGCGCAACAACAUCAUCAGCGCAGCGGUGGGGUUAAGAAUUUUUUGGGAGGAUCGGGUCACGGAGGACAUCACCACCUGGCCGGCCACUCGUCGGCCAUCGGUUCUUCGGUGUCUUCGGCGUCUGUGGUGGGAUCGUCGGGCAAUCAUCACCAUCACCACCACCAUCAGACGUCGGGUGCGCUGGUAGGAGGCCCUUCUCAUCAUCACCAUUCCGUGCAUCACCACCAUCAUCAUCAAAACUAUCACGCCGGGGUGGCUGUGACGGCCACGGCGGGUGGCCACCAUCACAGUGUCGUCAAUCCGGCCAGUUCGGCCACGUCGCACUUCGCCGCCGGAUUCGCCGCGGCCGCGGUGGCCGCAGCGGCCGUCGGCUCCCUGCAACAGCAGCAACACGAAUCGAACGCCGGCAGCGGCGGCCAGCAGAACGGCCUCUUGCCAACAUCGACGAGUUCGUCUAGUAAACUGGCCAGUUCGUCCGCUUUGGCCGGCGCUACUGGCAACGCUGAAAAACGCAAUCAUCAAAGAACUAAAGCAGAGCAGUUGCAGCAACAACAACAACAACAGCAGCAACAGCAACAAUCGAGUCCGUCCCAUCCGGGAUCGAGGACGUCGCCCGAUUUCGAAUCGAAUUACAAGUCGGCCUGGACUUCACCCACCGCUUCGCAGGCAUCCGGUUAUGGAUCUCACAAUACGUCGUCAUCGACAGCGCUCACAGUGGUGGCCAAGACGACGUCCAGCACGUCCACCGACAGCCAACACCUACGUCAGUCAGAUCCGUAUCAAAUGUUUGGUGCCACUAGUAGCAGAUUGGCCAGUUCAGGUUCCGGCCAGAUCCAGCUGUGGCAGUUCUUGCUGGAACUCUUGUCCGACUCGUCCAACGCGGCCUGCAUCACCUGGGAAGGCACCAACGGCGAAUUCAAACUUACCGAUCCCGACGAGGUCGCCAGACGCUGGGGCGAACGGAAAUCUAAACCCAACAUGAACUACGACAAACUCAGCCGAGCUCUACGCUAUUACUACGACAAGAACAUCAUGAGCAAAGUGCACGGCAAACGCUACGCCUACAAGUUCGAUUUCCAAGGGUUAGCGGCAGCGACGCAGCCGACGCCCACCGAUCCGGCCUACAAAUACCAGUCGGACUUGUUCAUGACGUCGUAUCACGCCGCCGGAUCUAAGUUCAAUCUGGUCGGCGCCCAUUCGGCCAUGAGCUCUUCACCAGACGUGUGUUUUAACGUAGGUGCCAUCUUCCCGCCACCGUCGCCCUACUGGUCAACCAACCCCGGCGGCGUCAGCGCGGCCAACCUCUAUUCCAACAUGCCCAUGAGCGGCCACGCCCUUCAGCACCACCAUCAUCACCACCCGGGACACGUCACUUCCCAUCUAGGAUCUUAUCCGCACUACGCUUGAAGAAGAAAAAAGGACUAUUAACGGUUCCAGGGCAAAAGAAAAAAAAAAAAAAAUAAAAAUAACCUGCAUUUUUCACCUCUUU